AUGUUAGUCCCGCAGAGUUCUGCGCCGAGGCCGGGGGCGGGGCGGCGCCGUCCCUGAUUGCGGUGCCACGGCUUCUCUGGCUCGGCGGAGAGGGCGGAUUUUGUAAGGCCGAGGCUGCGACAGGCGCGGAUCUCGUACGUGGUGGCACUGUGAAAUAAGAAUCAAGCUCUACGAUGACAACCUAUUUGGAAUUCAUCCAACAAAAUGAAGAACGAGAUGGAGUCCGAUUUAGUUGGAAUGUUUGGCCAUCAAGUCGACUGGAAGCUACAAGAAUGGUCGUUCCAGUAGCAGCCUUAUUUACACCACUGAAGGAGAGACCAGAUUUGCCACCCAUUCAAUAUGAACCUGUUCUGUGUAGUAGGACCACUUGCCGUGCAGUUUUGAAUCCCUUAUGUCAAGUGGAUUAUCGAGCAAAACUCUGGGCUUGCAACUUUUGUUAUCAAAGGAAUCAGUUUCCACCUACUUACGCUGGUAUAUCUGAACUGAAUCAACCUGCUGAACUUUUACCUCAGUUUUCUAGCAUUGAAUAUGUAGUUCUGCGUGGUCCUCAGAUGCCUUUGAUAUUCCUCUAUGUGGUUGAUACUUGCAUGGAAGAUGAAGACUUACAAGCCCUGAAAGAAUCUAUGCAGAUGUCAUUAAGUCUUUUACCACCUACAGCUUUGGUUGGCCUAAUUACUUUUGGGAGAAUGGUGCAGGUUCAUGAACUUGGAUGUGAGGGCAUUUCAAAAAGCUAUGUCUUCAGAGGAACAAAAGAUCUGUCUGCCAAACAACUGCAGGAAAUGCUGGGGCUCUCUAAAGUACCAGUUACUCAAGCAACACGUGGUCCUCAGGUACAGCAGCCACCUCCUUCCAAUAGGUUCUUACAGCCAGUACAGAAAAUAGACAUGAAUCUCACAGAUCUUCUGGGAGAACUGCAGCGAGACCCGUGGCCUGUACCACAGGGAAAGAGACCUUUGCGUUCCUCUGGGGUGGCACUUUCCAUAGCUGUAGGACUACUUGAGUGUACUUUCCCCAACACUGGUGCUCGUAUCAUGAUGUUCAUUGGUGGUCCAGCCACUCAGGGGCCUGGAAUGGUGGUUGGAGACGAAUUGAAGACACCCAUAAGAUCGUGGCAUGACAUUGAAAAAGACAAUGCAAAAUAUGUUAAAAAGGGAACUAAGCAUUUUGAAGCACUGGCUAAUCGCGCUGCUACGACUGGUCAUGUUAUUGAUAUCUAUGCAUGUGCAUUAGAUCAGACAGGUCUCCUGGAGAUGAAAUGCUGUCCUAACCUUACUGGAGGAUACAUGGUAAUGGGUGACUCUUUCAACACUUCCUUAUUCAAGCAAACUUUUCAAAGAGUUUUUACCAAAGAUAUGCAUGGACAGUUUAAAAUGGGCUUUGGUGGUACAUUAGAAAUAAAGACCUCAAGGGAAAUAAAGAUUUCAGGAGCUAUUGGACCCUGUGUGUCUCUCAAUUCUAAAGGACCCUGUGUGUCUGAAAAUGAGAUAGGAACAGGUGGCACUUGUCAAUGGAAGAUAUGUGGACUCAGUCCCACUACAACCUUAGCCAUAUAUUUUGAAGUUGUCAAUCAGCAUAAUGCUCCAAUUCCUCAAGGAGGACGUGGUGCAAUCCAGUUUGUGACUCAGUAUCAGCAUUCAAGUGGGCAGAGACGUAUCCGAGUGACUACCAUUGCUAGGAACUGGGCAGAUGCUCAAACUCAAAUCCAAAACAUUGCUGCAUCUUUUGACCAGGAGGCAGCUGCCAUUCUUAUGGCUCGGCUGGCAAUAUAUAGAGCAGAAACAGAAGAAGGUCCAGAUGUGCUUAGAUGGCUAGACAGACAGCUCAUUCGACUGUGUCAGAAAUUUGGAGAGUAUCACAAAGAUGAUCCAAGUUCCUUCAGAUUUUCAGAAACUUUCUCCCUUUAUCCACAGUUUAUGUUUCAUUUAAGAAGAUCUCCUUUCUUGCAAGUGUUUAACAAUAGUCCUGACGAGAGUUCAUAUUAUCGUCACCAUUUUAUGCGUCAAGAUUUGACCCAGUCUCUAAUCAUGAUUCAGCCUAUUCUGUAUGCAUAUUCUUUUAGUGGACCACCAGAGCCGGUUCUUCUUGAUAGCAGCAGCAUUCUUGCAGAUCGUAUUCUCCUCAUGGACACAUUUUUCCAGAUUUUGAUUUAUCAUGGUGAGACCAUAGCUCAGUGGCGUAAGUUGGGAUACCAGGACAUGCCAGAAUAUGAAAAUUUCCGCCACCUUCUGCAAGCCCCAGUGGAUGAUGCACAGGAGAUCCUUCACUCCAGAUUUCCAAUGCCGAGAUACAUUGACACUGAACAUGGGGGCAGUCAGGCGCGUUUCCUGCUUUCGAAAGUCAACCCUUCACAGACUCAUAAUAAUAUGUAUGCCUGGGGACAGGAGUCUGGAGCACCUAUUCUCACAGAUGAUGUUAGUUUACAAGUGUUUAUGGAUCACUUAAAGAAACUUGCUGUGUCAAGUGCUGCUUGAUGUGCUAAACAUAUUAAGAACACUUAAGAAGAUGAAAUAAUAUUUCAGUUUCUUUUUUUCCCCCUUUUUUCAGUUAAUCUGUGGAAACCAACAGAGAGAUCUCUCUAGACUCUUUUUGUAUUAGUAUGGUUUGAGACAACAAAUGGAAAAAUGUUCAUGUUUGUAGAUUAAGCUAGAAUAUAAGAGCAAAAUGUUCAUGUUUGUAGAUUAAGCUAGAAUAUAAGAGCAAUAAGAACAAAUUUGUUUUGCUUGUCACAGUAUUAUAACUGGUUUUAGAAAUUUGAGGUCUUUAUAACUUAUGUUAAAAAGUAAAAAUAGAGUCUGCCUUGUACUACAGAGAUAUAACUCAUUUGUAUGUUGCAGACAAAUUCAAAGUGGCACUGAAUGUUUUGACCUUUUGAAAACUUGUUUCUUAAUUUUAACCAAAAAGUAAACCAAAUCAUCAACAGUAAUGAUAAAUGUGAGAAUUUUUGCCUAUUCAUUGAGUAUUUUUCUGUGAUUUUCAGCACUUACGUAUACACUAUUUCUGUAUUUACUCUGUUAAGGCAGAUUUAUUUUUAUGAUGAUUUGUUUAGGAAUUAUUUGACUUUAUAUAUGGUAAUUUUUAUGAAGAUAAUUUAAUGUUGGUCAUUUGAAAAAAUAGUUUAGAGAUGAAAGUUUUUGGGUAACAAUUCCACAGUUGGCAACAUAUGUGAAAUUCCCACAAAGUAUUCAACUAUGUGAUUAAAAGUGAUAAUUUUUUUAUAAAGGGAGAUAGAAAAUAAACAGUUUGGCACAGUACAUUUUAGAAAGGCUUUGCAGUAAAAGGACUUCUGUAACUUCUAAACCAAAUUUGGUAUUCACUGCAUGGUUUUGUUUCCCUUUGUUUUUCUGAGGUAAAUUUUACAUUAUAUCCUCCAGUAUUUUAAACUAUUUUGGGAGUUUACACACUGCUUUUGGUUUUUGCUUCCAUUUUGUGAACUUUAUUAAGUUGUAGUUCUUAUUGAAACAGUAUUAUCUAAUAUUCUGUUGAAUUUUAUCAUUUGACGCUCAGUUCUAUUUUGAUUUAUUCAUUAGUAUCAUUCACUUUUACCUCUUAAAGUUUACUUGUAGCAAAUGUUUACAUUGCUAAAGCCAGAUAUGUUUGACAAUGAAAUUUACAUCAAGUACUGCAAAUAAAAGGUGGUGCUAUGAUAUGGGCCUGGAAGGACAGUGUCAUGAUUGUACUUGCAUGAACACUAUCAUCUGAUGGUAAAAUAGACAGAAACUUAAAAAAAUUAUUUAUAUGUUAUAUUCAAUUGGAGUAAAUAAGUUGUUCUGUUCCAUUUUAUUUGAAUUGAACUGUGCUAGGUCUAAAUACCAAUAAAAUAUACUUUUUCUCUGUU